CCUAAAUAUAAAUAAUUUAACAACUUAAAUUAGAAAAAAAUAAAAAUCCCGGGCGUAGCCCGGGUUAAUCCCUAGUUUUCCUCUGAAAGAUGGGUUUCUCGAACUCUGGAAAUGGUCUCUCCGAUCAAAACAAUCUCUGCGAAACGGAACUAGGGUUUUCAGACCAAAGCGUUCAAGAAUUCAGGCCAGAUCAAGAUCUUGAAACUAAAGUCGGAGAGAUACCUAAUACUCCACGCGAAGGAGUAAAGGCAAAGAAAGAUGAAGAAGAAGAUUUAUGUAAGACUCCGACACGCCUCGACCAGAUUCUCCCGAAGGUUACAAAUAUUUGUCCUCCGGCGCCGAGGAAGCCUAAGAGAGUUCCGUCGAGAAGUUUGAAGGUUCGAGAUUCUUAUAGAAGCAGGAGAAUGAUCAUUUUGAAUGUUUCUAGAGAGAUUGAUUGUAUGUUUAACUCAGCAUCUCUAGGUAACAAAGUUAAGAAAGCCAGACGUAUUUGAUGUUUCAUUUGUAUAUGUAUAUCGUAUCUACAUGUAAUAAAUUAAUAAACUACGAGUUAUGUAAUGUAGUGAGAUGCCA